AAUCUCCCAGUAGAAUUCUAGAUUCAACGAUAAUUCUCAUCGGCAAGCUUCGGUGAAGGUUCCACCGUAUUUCCCCGGUCACCGCCCCACGGGGGUAACGAAAUCCGACGCCGGGUGCAACCAAUCGGCUCCGUGCGACUGCCCCCCCUCGCAUCUUGUCAGCCGUAACCCGUGUAACUUUGGAAACCGUUACAUAUGAUGAGUCACGACGAACAUCGAUGAGCCUUGGCGACGAUCCCUCGUUUCAGUUUCAUUCUACAACAUUGGACAUUGCAUUAUUCCGUAACCCUAUGUGCCGUCUGCGCGAACUCUCAUUAGUCACGGGAUUACUCGCCCCUUGCUCCUGACGUAUCCAUCUAUUCCUGGGAGCAGACCGGCCGAUCAUAUACCUGAGGGCUGACGUAUAUUACUUUCCCCCAGGAAUCAGGCUGUCGGACGAUUUUCGUAGUAAGCAACGAAGGGAUAUUUGUGUGAUACCUAGUUGUCUUUGAAAGGAGCGAAACAAGCAACCCGGUUCUCACCUGCUAGUAUUCCGUACAUCCAGCCCACCUCCGGAGCUCACCUGUCUCACCACCCCGGACCCCAUAAUAACCCCCUUCCCCCAAGAAAAAAGGCAAAAAUGGGCACACCCUUCAUCUCGCUCCUAGAGCCGACCCGUCUCGACGGGUACGACGCCAACAAGCCUUACACAUCGCAGCCUGCGCACAUCCCGAAGCUCUUCCUCGACGCGAUGGAGGUGCGCGAGACCGUCUUCGUGCGAGAACAAAAGGUCCCGCUAUCCUACGAGCACGACGCCGACGACGCGCGGUCGUGCCACUGGGUCGUCUACGCGAGCGUGAACCGGACCACCGCGCCCGAGGAGCGGGACCCGCGCACCGGCGACGUCGUCCGCCCGCGCCGCUCCGAGACCCGGAGCACCCCCAUCGGCACCCUGCGCGUCGUGCCCUUCCCGCACCCGCCGCACCCGCCGCCCGGCGCGCGCUACGUGGGAAACGUGCUGCAGGAAGAGGACGAGGACGACGGUAGUAGUAGCCGCAGCGCGCCGCCCGGCAGCUCUAGGCCGCGAGUCAGGGCCAUGUCCAUCGUAGACACCGAGCGGCAAGCCUCCGCGCUCCCCUUCGGCGUGGACCGACCGACCACAUACCACGACGGGAAGGAGCCGUACGUAAAGGUCGGCCGCGUAGCCGUGAUCCCCAUGUUCCGCGGCCACCACAUCGCGAGCCAGCUCUGGCGCGCGGCGAAAGCGUGGUUAGAACAGCACCCUACUUUCUUUGAUCCCAGCGUCACGGAGAUGGGCAUGGAUCAGUUGAAGGCAGGAGGUGCCGAGGAUAUACCCAAGUGGAAUGGGUUGGUCUGCUGUCAUGCUCAGGAGAGUGUGGUCAAGAUCUAUGAGAAGUGGGGUUUCAAGGUUGAUGAGGGUAUGGGAAAGUGGUAUGAAGAGGGAAUACCCCAUGUAGGCAUGUUUCAGCGGUUGAAUAUCAAGCAUGAGAAUCCUAAAGUAUGAUUUGGGGCAGAUAAGAGGGAGGCUGAUCUACGUUGCCAGGUGGCGACACCAACCAUAUGAGGAUCUCGUCGUAACUGUUGCUAUUCCUACUGCUGUUGCGGUUUUUACUAUGAUACCAGGUCACGAUUGGCCAAUUUCGUCACUAGCUAUUGCAUUUGCUGCCAUACUGCCUUUACGGUUAUAAGAUCAAUAGAAUCCC